AUGACGACCGAAUCCGAGAGCGUCUCUGCCGGCCAUUUCAAUUUAGACGAGAGUCUGGACGCCGUUGCUGCAACUUGCGGCGGUAGCGUCACGGGGGCCGCUGCUGCAACUCCGUCGGGCGCAUCAGCGGCUGCGGCCGGUUCAGGUUCGCCCAGCCGCCGACCGCGAAGCAGCGCCACCGUCAACAGCGAUCUCCAUCAUCUGAGGCACUCGGGCGACUCUGGAGACAGCGGCGUGAGCAGUCCCGGCCCGCCCAGCUCGGAGGCAUCGGAGCAGAAACAUUCGGGCGAAGAGGAGAAGGAAGAAGACGCGGACGAGGAGGACGACAGAGGCAGCGACAAUCUCUCGUACAGGGACCGCGUCGUCAUGGAGGUGGUCGAGUCCGAAACCGUCUACGUCCGCGACUUGCAGCAGGUCGUCGAGGGUUAUUUGUAUUUUUGGCGGGACGAAGGGGAGCGAGCGCCGCUGAGUCCCGAACAGGCGGUCGCCCUUUUCGGCAACGUGGACGACAUUUACCGUUUCAACAGCCAAUUCCUGACGCAACUGCAGUCGUACGGGCUCGAUCCCGUUGAGGUGGCACGCUGCUUCGUCCGCAACAAUUCCGGCUUCACCAUCUACACCGACUACUGCACCAACUACCCCAGGAAAGUGUCGGUGCUGACAGAUUUGAUGAGGAACGAGGCGGCCAGCCGGGCGUGUCACGAGAGGCAGACGCAAUUGCAGCACACGCUGCCGCUCGGCUCCUACCUGCUCAAACCGGUCCAGCGCAUCCUCAAGUACCACCUGUUGCUGCAAAACAUCGUCAAGCACUGCGACCGAUCGCAGACGCCCGGCUACACGGACAUCAUCGUGGCCCUGUCGGCCAUGACGGGCAUCGCUCACCACAUCAACGACAUGAAGCGAAAGCACGAACACGCCGUCAGAGUCCAGGAGGUGCAGAGUCUUUUGGACCUACGGCGAACUGGUGGCCGAGGGCUCGUUCCGCAUGUACGGAGCCAAGGCGCCACGCCACGUUUUCUUGCUGGAUCGCAUGUUGCUCAUCGUCAAGCGAAAGGAGAACGGCACUUUGGGCUACAAAGUUCACAUCAUGUGUUCCAAUCUCAUCCUGAUUGAGAGUGUUCCCGGCGAGCCGCUUAGUUUUCACGUCAUCCCGUUUGACAACCCGCGCCAGCAGUACACCCUCGAGGCAAGGAAUCUGGAACAGAAAAGGGAAUGGGCGCUGCAAUUGAAGCGUGUCAUCCUGGAGAACUACGACGCCGUCAUUCCACACCACGCCCGCCAAUUGGUCCUGCAGUUGGGUCAGGACCAGCGCUGCAACCAGGAGAGGCCGGCUAGCAACAGUUGAGGCGGCGGUCACGGCUACGACCGAGGAGACUACGCUUACAGCACCACCUCUUCUGGCAGCGGAUCCUCAUCGGCCGCCCACCACCACGUCAAGAGGCACCAGCACUCGGCUCCCGAAUACCUGGAGAGGCGCAAACUCGACCGCCGGCCUCACGGCCAAAGGUCGCAGCCGCAAGGGUCGAAAAUUGAGCCACGACGGAUCCAGUCCGCGUGAAUCGCCGCUCAUCCCGCGACGAUUGCGCAGGAGUUUGGACUAGCGCGACAGGAGCGUCAGUCAGGACAGGAGCGACGUCGAUCACGAACGCAAGUGCAGUACGCACAGCUGUCCGUCGGCAGCAGCCGAAGCGGCUAAAAAUAAGGUGCGGAAAUUUGGAGCGUGGCGGCGUCGGUCUGAACUUGUCGGAAAACGAGUCAGGUUGUGAACCAGAGUGAAGCGGAACCAACGAGUUGUACAAAUGCUGGGAGCGGCGGCCUCAGCAGCAACAGCGUCGUCAACUGCAAGAUGCGUGACGAACAACUGCGGGAAUCGAGCGGGACGCUUCAAGUUGAAAUUGCCGGUCCGUCCUCGUCCAGGGCGGCGUUGGUGGCAGCAGUCGACCCGGAAACGCUCAUGCUCCUCCCACCGCCACCGCAACAACUGCAACCGCAGCGGAUAGUGCCCGAGAGCCUGGAACGCAUCGUCGAGCAACUAGUGCUGCAGAAUGUGGAAAUCCAACGGAUCCUGCAGCGCAAGAAGCGGAGGGCGGCCGAGCGCCAACCGUCGGCCUCGUCGUCGUCGUCCUCGUCGCGCCCCUACGUCGUCUGCUCCGAGUCGACGACGCUGGACGAGGGCAUCUACGACACGCUCCUCUCGCCCUCGGGACCCGGCAGCAUGAUGGAAGCGGUCGGAGGUGUUUUGUCGGACAUUGACGGCGACUACGUCACGAUCCGGGCCGAGGGCGGAGGAGGAGUGGGAGGUGGACACUUUAGCCGCUGCCAUUUGCGCCACUCGCUGGGCAACAAGACGCCAGAAAGUAUGGCCGAUUCGUCUCAAUUGGCCGGCCUUUCCAACGCCUUUUCCUGCCAGCAGCAGCUGCAAAAAGGCCACCCUCAGCCGCUCGCUGUCGUGUCCAGCACGUGGCCAGCAGGCCGUUCGAGUGGCCAAGAAAUUGGAAGCCUCGAUCGCCGAGAGUGGCGCCACCGCCGCCUCGCUGGCAACAGUCGGCGGCCGCAUCCAGAAACUCUUGAACCACAUUGGCUCGCCGGAUCACUGGUCCAACUGGAUCCGUUCCUUGUCGCCGCCGCAGCGGAGGACUUGGACCGACUUGCAGUCGGUCGAGCCGGAUGCCAGCAGCACCAGCCGGAGUCGCUCGAGGAGGGAACCCAUCGACUUGGACGUCGAUCCCUUGAACAUAUCGACCAGCCCUUGCGUUCCUUCCGUCUGGCUCCAGAUGCAGAGCGAACAUCUGGCGGAGCCGUGCAAGAAAUCCGGUUCACUCCCCCGCAGUUUCCAGACUCCACCGGAUGUCAAGUCCCGUUGGAUGGAUCGACCAGUCACCAUCGCAUCCGAUCGUCCGGCUCCCAUCGACCUUCAGACGGACGCCCUCGAGCUCUACAUCCGCUCGCAGACAGAGCGGCCGUCUGAUCAGACGGAUCAGCAUUCGACCACCGAAGGGUUCGACGAUAGUUUGACCGACAUUCCCAGUACGCCUCGCGUCAGCACGGACAACAUCCACGUCCAUCCGGAUUACAAAAUCUACCGCAGGAGCGCCUCCCAAGUCGUCGCUGAAGACGGUCUUGUCUUCCGUGUCCUCUAAGCUCCGCUCGGGCUCUGAGCACUUUUGGGGGUCGCUCUUCAGUUUGAGCCACGACGACAGCGGCACGGCUUCCUCGUCGUCGGCCGGCCGGCAGCACAGCAAAGUCGUCCACUACCUGGCCAGCCGCUACGCCCAUUUGCAGAGGCAGCGUCACAACAGCCUGCAGCACAACGGCAACAGUCCGGCCGCGGCCGCUCACAGCGCCGCCGUGGGCGCCCGCAUCGCCAACUUGUCUGAUUCGACCGAUUACGUCAUCCCCAAGUACAGCUGCUCACCCGCAACGC